GAGGAAAACCCCAGGUCGCAACCCCUCAGCACGAGUCAUCCGUCGUCUCUUUCCUCCAAUCGCCCCCGCUGCUAGCUACCAUCUCUAGCGUUCUCGCCGUCGAUUGUUGCUUUUGGUGGGGAAGUGCGAGGGAGCGGAGGCGGCGAUGGCGAGCGGCGGCGGGGCGGUGAGGGAGGUGGGGUCGAGGGCGGAGCUGGACGCGGCGGUCGGCGGCGCGCGGGCCGCCGCGGUGCACUUCUGGGCGUCCUGGUGCGAGGCCUCCAAGCAGAUGGACGAGGUCUUCGCCCACCUCGCCGUCGACUUCCCCCACGCGCUCUUCCUCAGGGUUGAGGCUGAAGAACAACCGGAAAUUUCAGAGGCAUAUGGAGUUACAGCAGUGCCAUACUUUGUUUUCUGCAAGGAAGGCAAACCUGUUGAUACCUUGGAGGGCGCAAACCCAGCCAGCCUGGCCAAUAAGGUUGCAAAGUUAGCUGGGCCUGCCAAUGUUGCUCAGUCUGCUGCACCUGCUAGCUUGGGGGUGGCUGCUGGGCCUGCUGUACUCGAAAAGGUCCAAGAAAUGGCACGGCAAAAUGGAUCUUCUGCUGCUGAAAGUACACUGAAGAAGCGUUUGGAGCAGCUUGUCAACUCCCAUCCUGUCAUCUUAUUCAUGAAGGGAAAUCCAGAAGAACCAAGGUGUGGUUUCAGCCGAAGGGUGGUUGACAUUUUGAAGCAGGAAGGUGUUGAAUUUGGGAGCUUUGACAUCCUUACAGAUAAUGAAGUACGUGAAGGACUGAAGAAGUUCUCUAACUGGCCAACUUUUCCUCAGUUGUACUGCAAAGGUGAGCUGCUUGGUGGGUGUGAUAUUGUUAUUGCCAUGCAUGAAAGUGGUGAACUGAAGGAUGUGUUAAAGGAGCACAACAUUCCUCUCAGGCAACAAGGAAGCAAAAUUGAGGAGCCAGUGAUGUCUGAAUCUGCAAAUGAACAGAGUCCUGAGGCAAUUGGGCUUACCGAAGCUCAGAAAGCUCGUUUGGAGAGCCUCACUAAUUCUAACCCAGUGAUGAUAUUUAUCAAAGGUUCACCUGAGGAGCCCAAGUGUGGAUUCAGUGGGAAGGUCGUUCAUAUUCUUAAGCAGGAGAAGAUUCCUUUCUCAAGUUUUGACAUUCUUUCAGAUGAUGAGGUUAGGCAAGGUCUAAAGGUUCUAUCAAACUGGCCUAGUUACCCUCAGGUGUACAUCAAGGGUGAACUGGUUGGUGGUUCGGACAUAGUGAUGGAGAUGCAUAAGAGUGGGGAACUGAAGAAGGUUCUGACUGAGAAAGGGAUUAUUCGGAGAGAGAGCCUAGAGGACCGGCUCGAGGCCCUAAUUUCCUCAUCCCCAGUGAUGCUGUUCAUGAAGGGCAACCCAGAUAAUCCACGUUGUGGCUUUAGUUCGAAAGUGGUGAAUGCCUUGAAAGGAGCAGGGAUAAGCUUUGGGUCCUUUGACAUUCUAUCUGAUGAGGAAGUUAGACAAGGUCUGAAGACAUACUCGAACUGGCCCACCUUUCCCCAACUCUACUACAAAUCAGAGCUGAUGGGGGGCUGUGACAUUGUUCUUGAGUUGGAAAAGAGUGGAGAGCUGAAGGCCACUCUCUCGGAGUAGCGGAUAUUUUGGUGCUGUAUCGUUGUCUUAUGGUGUUUCGAGCAUCUGUCCUAUAUCGAAUUGCUCUAUUGAUGGCAUUGUUAUGCCAAUGUAUUUCGUAGAUCCAUGUUUUAAACUUGGAUAUCGUAGUGCUACGUUUGCUUGAACUGUGACAGCUGCAGAAGAAAUAACUUAUAAGACCUCUUAAGUGGCCUGUUAGUUUUGUAUUACCACUUCAUUUUUGCUACCUUGGUUCAGGCUGGAUGCUGGAGAACAUAAGUAUUAGCCAUCAUUUCACAGUUCAAAGACAUAUGAUUCGUAAA